AUGGCUUUAUGCUCCCUAUCCGGAUUAUUUGGGACCAUUCUCUUAUUGUCUGUCAGUUUUAGUUUCCACGAAGAACUACAGCGGAGCGGUGAUGAACCGUACAGAUAUUAUGAACAACACGGUGUUAAAACGCAAUGGGAGGCGAAUGGAGCGCAUUCGGUAAGAAAAUUUACCCGCGUGGCAAUGUCUAGCAACGACUACGAUGCCCGUUUACAUAACCAAAUGCCUCGCACUAAUGCCUCUUCUCUCUUGUUUUCUUCCUUCCCAGGAAAAAGUCUUUUGGAUUCCGUCAAUAUAUCGGCUUCAUUGUUGAACAGCGUUGGCAUUGUCCCACAAAAUUUUCCGCAGUAUGGCAGUGUCUUCCUCGUCGUGAUAGUAUGUAGUCACCCGGAGAGAUUGGAGUACCGCCAAGCUAUUCGGGAAACAUGGGGCUCGACCCGAGGACAGGAAUUCCAGGUUCUUUUCUUGGUAGGUAAACAUGAGGACCCUUACUGGAACUCUUUGAUGGAGAAGGAAAACUCUCUGCAUAGAGAUAUCUUGCAGGUUGAUGUGAUUGAUAGCUACAGGAAUCUAUCCCUGAAGGCGAACCUAUCUGUCUGUCUGUCUAUCUAUCUAUCUAUCUAUCUAUCUAUCUCUCAUAAUGUGUUCAUAUCUAUCUAUCUAUAUAUCUAUCUAUCUACGGAAGUAGAUGGUGAACACGACCAUAGGCGGAUCUAUCUAUCUAUCUAUCUAUCUAUCUAUGAUCCUAUAUCGAAUACUACAAUUAUUCAGUUAGAAACACUGUUACUUUUUUAUUGUUAUCUAUCUAUCUAUCUAUCUAUCUAUCUCCAGCUGUUCAUAUCUUCUUUUUAA